AUGUCCGCAGAACACCCCCUCGCAGAAGCAGCAACCAACACCGAAUGCCUCUUCUUCACAAAAUUUCCCAUUGAGAUUCGUCGUAAAUAUAUCGCCUCGUCUUUUCGGGUUCAAGGCUCGAGUUCGCAUCGUUCAAGAGCACUGGAGAUUAUUGCUGCAAAGACUUCCAGAAAGGUUAAUCUGCUUCAUUCGCCCUUUUCCCUCUACAAAUUUGUCAGCUACUUCUAGCGUGCCAUCAGACAUAUAAUGGAGGGAGAACCAUAUUUUACGAGGAGGUUGUUAUAUACACCGAUGCUUCUCAGUGCGAGGGUGUCAAACUCGUCUGCGAGAACCUGUCUGAGUUUGCCAAAUUGCACAUCCAGCAUUUCCGGUCCUUUGUACUCGGUGAUGGCGUGAAUGCCAUAUUACCGUUAUUCGACGACCUUCCAAAACUCAAAACCUGCCAAAUCUAUUUGAAGGGGUGCAUGUUUGAUCUCAAGCCUGCUAAAUUUGACGAAUGUAGUGCGGAUACAUUUGUUGAGAGAUUUCAAGAGUUGUUCAGUGGUACCAGUAUUUCUUCCCAGAACUUUUUUUGA